GAGAGAGAGAGAGAGGAAGAUGGACUCGGAUUCGGGGGAGCUGAGUGAAGGAGAAUUCUCACCAGGGCCCGAGUUGUUCAACUCGAAGAGCCUGGCGCUGCAGGCGCAGAAGAAGAUCCUGAGCAAGAUGGCGACCAUGGCGGUGGCCAACCUGCUGACCGACGACACCAGCAGCUCCAUCCUGGACGAGCUGUACAAGGCCAGCCGCGAGUACACCAAGAGCAAGAAGGAGGCGCACCGCAUCAUCCGCGACGUCAUCAAGGUGGCGCUGAAGCUGGGUGUGCUCUACCGCAACCGCCGCUUCGGCGCCGACGAGCUGGAGGCCGUCGAGCGCUUCCGCAAGAAGCUCAACCAGGCCGCCAUGACCGCCGUCAGCUUCCACGAGGUGGAGUUCACCUUCGACCGCGGCAUCCUGUCCGGCCUGCUGCUGGAGUGCCGCGACCUGCUGCACGAGAUCGUGGAGAACCACCUGACCGCCCGCUCGCACGGCCGCAUCGACCGCGUCUUCAACCACUUCGCCGACGCCCGCUUCCUCGCCAAGCUCUACGGCUCGGGGGACGAGUACAGACUCUGCCUGACCAAAAUCUGCGACGGGAUCAACAAACUGCUGGACGACGGCGUUCUUUAG